CACCACCCAACAACCCAUAGCGGAACUAGCUGCGGAGACCUGGACAUAUGUCCCCCACUUUGGAAAAAAAUAUUUCACAGAUUUUUUUUAUUUGAAAAAAAUGAAAGAAACGUUGCAAAAUGUGUGAAAUUGACAACAACAAAAAAAAAAAAAAACAAAAAAACGAAGAGAGAAAUUGAGAAACGAAGGAAGGAGAGAAACACUAAGCCGCAACCAUCCUGUUGGAACCCAGAGCAGUAGCGCCCCUGCCGGAACCCAGCCACGGUCACCGCAUUCGCUGUCUGCCUCCAGCCAUCCAGUUGCCGCCCGGAACGCCGGCCAAUCGCCGCAAAAAUGAGUUGUUUUAUUUUCUAAACCCUAAGUUUUAAUUCAAUUUUUGUUGAGGAAUCAUCAUGUAUCAAUGGCGGAAAUUUGAGUUCUUUGAGGAGAAAUAUGGAGGUAAAUUCAAGGUACCUGAGGAAAUUACUGGGGAAAUCAAUUGUUGUUCAAGUGGAAGAGGAAAAGUUUCCAUCGGAUGUGAUGAUGGAACUGUUAGUAUUCUUGAUCGAGGUUUUAAGUUCAAUUAUGCAUUUCAGGCUCACUCUUCUUCUGUCCUUUUUCUGCAACAACUCAAGCAACGUAAUUACCUUCUUACUAUUGGCCAAGAUGAACAAAUAUCCCCACAGGCAUCAGCAAUGUGUCUGAAGGUUUUUGACCUUGAUAAGACACAAAUGGAGGGUACAAGCACUAGCGCAGCAGUUCCUGAUUGUGUUCAGAUAUUACGUGUAUUCACUAAUCAGUUCCCCGAAGCUAAGAUUACAUCCUUUUUAGUUCUAGAGGAAGCUCCACCUAUACUUCUCAUAGCUAUUGGAUUGGACAAUGGAGGCAUCUACUGCAUCAAAGGAGACAUAGCUCGUGAGCGAAUUACCCGAUUUACUCUUUGGGUGGAAAAUGCCUCAACAGGUCAUGCUGCUGUCACUGGACUUGGGUUUAGAAAUGAUGGUCCAGCCACUCAACUCUUUGCAGUUACUCCAUCUGCUGUCAGUUUGUUCAACCUGCAAUACCAACCAGCAAAGAGGCAAACCUUGGAUCGGAUUGGAUGUACUACAAAAAGUGUUGCAAUGAGUGACCGCUCGGAGCUAAUACUUGGUCGGCCUGAAGCUGUGUAUUUUUAUGAAGAUGAUGGACGUGGUCCUUGCUGGGCGUUUGAAGGAGAGAAGAAGCUCCUUGGAUGGUUUCGUGGAUAUCUUUUGUGCGUGAUUGAAGAUCAAAGAAGUACGAAGAAUACGUUUAAUAUAUAUGACCUGAAAAACCGUUUAAUAGCACAUAGUGCUACGGUUAAUGAAGUCUCACACAUGCUCUGUGAAUGGGGAAACAUAAUUCUCGUCAUGGCUGAUAAAUCUGCCAUCUGUGUUGGAGAGAAGGACAUGGAGAGCAAGUUAGAUGUGCUUUACAAGAAGAAUCUAUAUUCUGUGGCUAUCAAUCUUGUUCAAACUCAGCAAGCUGAUGCUGCUGCAACUGCUGAAGUGCUUCGCAAAUAUGGUGAUCACUUGUACAGCAAGCAGGAAUAUGAUGAGGCUAUGGCUCAGUACAUCCACACCAUUGGUCACCUUGAACCUUCUUUUGUGAUACAGAAAUUUCUGGAUGCUCAGAGAAUCCACAAUCUGACCAAUUACUUGGAAAGUUUACAUGAAAAGGGGCUCGCAUCAAAAGAUCAUACUACUCUUUUGUUGAAUUGCUACACAAAAUUGAAAGAUGUUGAUAAGUUGAACUAUUUUAUCAAAAGUGAGGAUGGUGGGGAACACAAGUUUGAUGUAGAGACUGUGAUACGAGUCUGCCGUGCUGCCAAUUAUCAUGAACAUGCAAUGUAUGCUGCUAAAAAGGCAGGCAGGCAUGAGUUGUACCUGAAGAUUCUGCUAGAAGAUCUUGGUAGAUAUGAUGAAGCCUUACAGUAUAUUUCAAGCCUCGAUCCAAGUCAAGCCGGGGUUACAGUUAAGGAAUAUGGCAAAAUUCUCAUAGAACACAAACCAAGGGAGACCAUACUAAUACUCCUGAAGCUCUGUACUGAGGAGGUGAAACCAACCAAAAAGGGUACCUUAACCAUGUUACCAUCUCCUGUUGAUUUCCUCAAUGUUUUUGUACACCAUCCACGAUCAUUGAUGGAUUUUCUUGAGAAAUACACUGAUAAAGUGAAGGACACACCUGCACAAGUGGAAAUCAUCAAUACCCUGUUGGAAUUAUAUUUGUCCCAGGAAUUGACCUUCCCAUCAAUGUCGCAGUACAGCUUCAAUGGAGAUCUUGAUGAUAAAGAAAGGAUAUCAUCUGGAAUUCCAGUAAGGUCGAAACCUUCGUCGAACGGAAAACUAACAUUGGAUGAUGACAAGGGUCUUGCUAUAAGACGUGAGAAAGGGUUACGCUUGCUUCGAAGUGCAUGGCCAUCUGACCAGGAAAAUCCACUUUAUGAUGUUGAUCUUGCUAUAAUCCUCUGUGAAAUGAAUGCAUUUAGAGAAGGGCUUUUGUUUAUAUACGAGAGAAUGAAACUGUACAAAGAGGUGAUUGCUUGCUACAUGCAGGCUCAUGACCAUGAGGGAUUGAUUGCAUGCUGCAAGAGGCUUGGAGAUUCAGGUAAAGGUGGAGAUCCCACUCUUUGGUCAGACGUAAUAAAAUACUUUGGUGAACUUGGAGAAGAUUGCUCAAGAGAAGUUAAAGAGGUCUUGAAAUAUAUUGAGAGGGAUGACAUUUUGCCACCUAUUGUUGUUCUUCAAACACUCUCCCAAAAUCCAUGCCUUACUCUAUCUGUAAUGAAGGAUUAUAUCGCUCGUAAGCUUGAACAAGAGUCAAAAGUAAUUGAAGAGGAUAGGCGGGCUGUUGAAAAAUAUCAGGAGGAUACAUCAGCAAUGAGGAAAGAAAUUGAGGAUCUGAGGACAAAUGCAAGAAUUUUCCAGCUCAGCAAGUGUACUAAGUGCACUUUCACGCUUGAUCUUCCAGCGGUCCAUUUUAUGUGCAUGCAUUCAUACCAUCUACAUUGCCUUGGUGACAAUGAAAAAGAGUGUCCAGAGUGUGCUCCUGAGUACAGGUCUGUGCUGGAAAUGAAGAGAAGCUUGGAACAGAAUUCUAAAGACCAAGAUCAGUUCUUUCAGAAAGUUAAGAGCUCCAAAGAUGGAUUUUCUGUUAUUGCUGAUUAUUUUGGAAAGGGAAUUAUUAGCAAGACAAAACCUGAUGGAAAUACUUCUUCAGGCAAUGGCUUUUGAGGCUGAGGUAUUCAAGAUUUUGUUGUGGUUUCUUAUAUUCCCGACUGGUUACCCCGAUUCAGGGGAGCGACCGGGUUAAUAUUAAUGUUUUCUGGGAUUGUAUGGCAGUAAUAAGGUUGUAUUAUAUGCCCAAGUUAUGAUUAGCUCAGCUCGUGAACACGUUGAACUAAGAUUAUCUAGGGGUCGCUUGGCUGCGUUUUUAACUGUUGUUUGUUAUGUGUCGAGGAUUGAAUUCUGGGCAUAUUUUGAGUGAUGAUUGAUACUGACGUAUUCGCGCUAGUUUGAAGACUUAAAGGUACCAGCUUAAUCUAUUAUUUCUUGUUCAUGAUGCUGAAAACUGAGGAAAUUUUGUAUAUUCAGAAAGGAAUAGUUUUUUCUUCAAUAAGAUGUAAAAGGAAGUUUUGUUUUGCUA